AUGGACGGUAUGAAAGCUAGGUCCAACAAUAACACCACCAACAACAAUCAGAUCGUAGAAGAUAAGUUGAAACCAGAUUGGGCCGGAGAUGAUAUCUUAUCCAAAGCCGUCGAUGCCGCGAUUUCCAACAAAUUUCUUUACGAAGUUAUCAUGAAACCAAUGGCGAGGAAAACGCUGAUUGAUACCGCGGAAAAGAACGGCAUCAAGUGGAGAGAAGUCGCGGAAGAGUUACAAAAGGACGAACGCUUGCAAGCAAAAUUUAAUGAGAUUGAAAUCAGCUCGAUGGAAUAUCCAGAAUAUUAUUUAAAACCAUUCCACGCUUACACGGAAGGGAACUUGUGUUGGUUGGCGGCCUGCGAAGCCGAGUCGGCGACGUACUCGAUGGCAUUGAGAGUGUAUCCGAAAGAACGCAUCACCGCUAUGGAAGCGCAACAACGAUUGCGGGAUUCGUACACGACAACUUUGCGAGAUCAUCGCGAAAAAUACAAUGCCACCAAUGUCGAACCGGAGGUUAUUGUCGAUAUUGGUUGCUCCGUGGGUAUGAGCACGAGGUAUAUUUCGAGACAGUUUCCGUCGGCUAAAACAAUCGGCAUGGAUUUGUCUCCGCACAUGCUCGCCGUUGCCUCGUUACGAGAUGAACAAGAAACCGAUUCAAGUCAAAGGGUGUGGGUUCACGGCAAAGGCGAAGACACAAAGAUGGCUGACAAUUCCGUCGAUGUCGUUUCGUUAGCAUUUGUGAUUCACGAGUGUCCGGAAACGGCGACGGAUGCUUUGAUGAAGGAAGCGUUUCGCAUCUUGCGUCCGGGUGGUACGUUCAUUAUGACGGAUAACAACCCGCAAUCUGCGGUAAUUCAAAAGCUUCCACCAGCCUUAUUCACGUUGAUGAAAUCCACGGAGCCGCACUCGAACGAGUAUUACACCAUAAAUGUCGUGAACAUGCUGAAAGCGAACGGGUUCGAGCACGCGCAUCAAGAACAAACGGACCCGAGACAUAGAACGGUGUUAGCAUCCAAGCCGCUGUAA